UCUCCCUCUAAACCCCAAAAAAAUCUCAUUUCUCUGAAGAGAGCGAGUUUGUCUCAAUCCUACAAUGGCGACGUUUACCCUCUCUCUCCUCCCCAAAACCCUAACCCCUCUUUCUCUUCACAAACUCUCCACUCCCACUCCCACUCCCGCGACUCGUACUCACUUUGGCUACGCUCGCCCGCACCUAAAACCCUUCACGAUAAAUUCACGGCCGCCGAUCAGAGCAGCAGCCGUUGAUGGGGAUUUUUCGACCAGGAGAGGCAGUGGCAGUAGCAGCAGCGAGCCCAGGGAGACCAUCAUGCUCCCGGGAUGCGAUUACAACCAUUGGCUGAUUGUGAUGGAGUUUCCCAAGGACCCUGCGCCCACGAGAGAGCAGAUGAUUGAUACUUACCUCGAUACCCUCGCCACUGUCUUGGGCAGCAUGGAAGAAGCAAAGAAGAAUAUGUAUGCUUUCAGUACCACCACCUACACUGGCUUUCAGUGCACAGUUGAUGAAGAAACAUCUGAGAAAUUUAAGGGAUUGCCUGGGGUUCUAUGGGUUUUGCCAGACUCGUACAUUGAUGUCAAAAAUAAGGACUAUGGAGGGGAUAAAUAUAUCAAUGGAGAGAUAAUCCCCUGCAAGUACCCUACCUAUCAACCAAAGCGCAGCGGAUCAAAAUAUGAAAGUAGAAGGUAUGAAAGACGGAGGGAUGGCCCCCCUCCUGAUAGGAGAAGACCCAGACAAGGGACCACUACUUCAGACACAGCCUCUUGAUGAGAUGGUUUUUUAUGUUUGGUCUUAAAGUUCUCAGCCUGUUGGGUGUUGCUCUGUCAUUCUUCACCAUGUAUCUGUGAGCACUACAAGCAUGGAUAGUUCAACUUGAGAUCAGAGAAACGCUGCUUAUGAAGUGAAUCUGGUCAUAUGAAUUGUUGAUGCAUUUUUUUUGUAAGAUCAACCAAGUAGCAUCUCUCAAGGAAUAUGUACCUUUGAUCCAUGAGUAUGUUACAUAAAAAUUUUUGCUAACGAAUCUGUGCUUAAUUUGAAUUUAAUUGUGUAGAA